AUGGAACUAUUGAAAGAAGAAUUGAAUCGUGUCGUGGAUUACGUGGCGCCUUAUUUACAGCUGGCCAAUUCGCAUACGGUCGAUUUCAUCGUGAAUGACACGUGGCAACGAGUUAUACCCGAAGAAAUAAGAAUCCAUAGCGAUCGCAUCGAAGUACACGACGUUCUGGAUGCGUUUUAUCGCAACGAUUCGUCUAUUACAAACUUAAUCCAACAAUUUAUCGAACAAGCAACCGAACACGAAUUGAAACAUUCACGUUACUUUAAACCCAUCGAUGAACUAAAUUUUCCCAAAAAUGGAUCCAAAUCUUCGGUCAAGAUAACCGAAUUCAUGUCAGCUAAAAAGUUACACGAGGUUGAAUCGAUGAGCCAGUUCGUAGCUGAUGUGGCUUCGCUAUCUAAUACAUCGUUAAUCGUAGACAUAGGCAGUGGUAAAGGUUACCUGACUUCUGUUCUCGCUCUUCAGCAUCGUUUCAAAAUCCUCGGUAUCGAUUGCAGUCAAACCAAUAUCACCGGAGCUACGAAAACCACCAUGAAAUUAGAAAAAAAAUGGAAAGUAUACCAAAGACGAUCUCAGAACCUUACCAAGGAGAAACCUCCACCAACCAAUCAAGUCGCCAAAGAACCCUGCUCGAGUAACGAAGAAUACCACAAUAAAUACAAAUGGAAAUCCGCCAUCGUUGGAGAUCUAUACAAGCAACGAGUUCAAAGCAUAUCUAAAACCACCAACAUGGAUGAUAUUUUAUCCGAAGAGUAUCCUCGAGAAGAUCACCAGAACGUGCUCUUAGUUGGACUACACACUUGUGGAAAUCUAGCUCCGGCUUGUUUAGAAUUACUCGUCGAGAACCGUAAUCGAAUCAAAUCCAUCGUGAAUAUAGGAUGUUGUUAUCAUCUGCUAGAAGAGAAAUUCGUCUCGAAUCCGGACUGGCUUAAACGUAAUUCGGUCUGUGGUAAUCCUACGUUUCCUAUGAGCGAAUAUCUAACCGAACGAAGAUUUGCUUUGGGUAGAGAUGCUAGAAUGUGUGGUACGCAGAAACCGAUCAAUUUGAAAGAUUCCGAUGAGAUCACUAAUGCGACGAAACCGUUAUUUUAUAGAGCUCUUCUCCAGAAGCUGAUGAUCGAGAAACUCUCAGCCGAUGAUUUUCCUCAAGGAAUGACCGGAAGAAUCGCUCAUAAAUGUAAUACGUUUCGAGAAUACUUAACGAAAGCUGAAAAGAAGCUCGACGUUAAUUUACAAGUAAAUGACCAAGAUUUGGAUUCGUUCGUUGAACAGAACACCCUGCAUUGGGACAGACUGAAAAUAUUCUUCAUAUUGAAAUCAGCUCUAUCACCGGUUAUCGAAUCCAUCAUCCUAUUAGAUCGAUUAUUAUACCUUUUUGAAAACAAUAUUUCCAAUGCUUUCGUCGUUCGACUUUUUGAUCCUGAUGUGAGUCCAAGAUGCCACGCCAUUGUCGCCUUGCCUCCAUCUCAACUCUGAUGAAGCUACCUCAGCUGCGAUCCCUGUUGCAAAAACAUCGUAAUGGUUUCUUUUUAAUAUCAUAUAUUGAUAUGAUAAAGACAGUUGUUCGAUAAAUUUCGAAAUAAAUUCGUGAUUUACGAGAUGAACAACGUG